GGGCCAAGAUGCAGCAUGAGCUGUGUGAUUGGUGCGUGACUACGUACAGGAAGUGUUCUGUUACCGAACUCGUGUUAGCCCUAAAUCUAAAAUAUGGAACAGAAUAAUGACGGGAACUUGUCCCAGGUUCGUCAUGUUGUUCUGGUGUUAUCAGGGAAGGGAGGCGUGGGGAAGAGCACCAUCACCACAGAGUUAGCCCUGGCUCUCAGACAUGCUGACAAAAAGGUCGGCAUCCUGGACAUUGACCUUUGUGGGCCCAGUAUUCCUCGCAUGCUGAAUGUAGGCCAGACUGAGGUGCACCAGUGUGACUCAGGCUGGGUACCAGUCUACACUGAUGCCCAGAAGAGCUUGGCACUUAUGUCCAUUGGUUUUUUACUAGAAGACCCAGAUGAAGCUGUGGUUUGGAGGGGACCAAAGAAAACAGCUUUGAUUGGCCAGUUUGUGUCUGAUGUUGCAUGGGGGGAGCUGGAUGUGCUGCUGGUGGACACUCCACCUGGGACGUCUGAUGAACACAUGGCUGUCUUGGAAAACCUUAAAAAGCAUCGAGUGGAUGGAGCCAUUUUGGUCACCACACCUCAGGCAGUGUCAACAGGGGACGUGAGGAGAGAGAUCACCUUCUGUAAGAAGACGGGUGUUCGAAUCCUGGGAAUUGUAGAGAACAUGAGUGGUUUUGUUUGUCCACACUGUUCUGAAUGCAGCAACAUAUUCUCAAAGGGUGGUGGUGAAGAGCUGGCCAAGCUAACUGGAUCAGUGUUCUUAGGUUCGGUACCACUGGAUCCACUUCUCAGUGCCAGCUUAGAGGAGGGAAAAGACUUCACACAGUCCUUUCCUGACAGCACCACGUUCAACUCCAUCAGCAGAAUUUGUCAAACUCUGCUCAAGAGUCUAGAAACAGACUGAGUUUGUUUGCAGCUUAUUGGUAAUUUUGCAGAAAUAAAGAUGUUUGUUUUGCUUAGCUAAAAUAAAAGGUGAUCAUGUUGGC